UAGAAACAUGGCGACGCUCAGGGCCGCGACACGCUGACCGCGAGCUCCCAAGUUAAACUUCAGUUUUCACUUCAAGCGCUGCGGUGUUUUCCGGGACACGGCAUGCGUCUGUUUUAACCCCUGCGAGGACACGCCAUGUUGUCUUCAUUGGUUUGCAGAGCGAGCGUCCGGGGGCCGGUCUCUCUGACCCGCGGGCUGGUCUCUCUGACCCGGGGGCCGUCCGCCGACUCGCCGCCCUUCCCGGACGCCGCCCCCCGACCGCCGCGGAGGCCCGCGAAGAACCCCGGCGGCUGCUCCGUCCUCCUCUUCCCCGGCCAGGGCAGCCAGUUCGUGGGCAUGGGCCGGGGGCUUCUGAAGUACCCCAACGUGCGAGAGAUGUUCUCGGCGGCGCGGGAGAUCCUCGGGUACGACCUGCUGUCUCUGUGCCUGGACGGACCCGAGGAGGAGCUGCGGAAGACGGCUCGCUGCCAGCCGGCGCUGUUCGUCACGUCGCUGGCGGCGCUGGAGAGGCUCAACGUCGAAAACCCGAAGGCCGUCGAGACGUGUGUCGCUGCGGCAGGUUUCAGCGUCGGAGAGUUUGCCGCUCUGGUUUUUUCUGGCGCCAUGGACUUUGCGGAAGCUCUGUAUGUGGUGAAGGUUCGCGCGGAGGCCAUGCAGAGAGCUGCAGAGCUGGUUCCUAGUGGGAUGCUGUCAGUCGUCGGUAGACCUCAGGCGCAGUAUAAACACGCAUGUGUGCAGGCUAAAGAGCACUGCAGGAGCCUCGGGGUGGAGGAGCCGGUGUGCUCCGUGGCCAACUAUUUGUUCCCCGACGGCAGAGUCAUCGCAGGGCACCAACAGGCUCUGGAUUUCCUGCAGCAGAACUCGCGGCGUCUCCAGUUCGUGAGGACCCAGCCCCUCCCGGUCAGCGGGGCUUUUCACACCGAGCUGAUGGAGUCGGCCACUGAACCCCUCAGAGAGGUGCUCAGGCAGGUGGAGGUGCGUCGCCCCGAGAUCAACGUGUACUCCAACGUGGACGGCAAGCGCUACAUGAACGAGAGCCACGUGCGCCGGCAGCUGGUGAAGCAGCUGGUGUCGCCUGUGAAGUGGGAACAAACUCUGCACGAGAUCUUCGAGAGGACGCAGGGGACGAAGUUCCCUCACACGUACGAGGUCGGUCCGGGGAAGCAGCUCGGCGCCACGCUCCAGCGGUGCAACCGGAAGGCCUUCACGACGUACGCGCAGGUCGACGUCACCGCCCACGAGGACUGAGAAAGCAGUUGCUGCUUGUUCUAACGGGUGGACAUGACCAGGAAGAUCUGUUAAACCCGCAGGCUCCUGUUGUUGCUCCUGAGGUUGUAAUUAAAUUAAAUGUUGUUGCUUUUUUAAUUAA